UCAUUGCACACAGCCGCUUCCAGGGCGUUCCAACUGUCCCGACUCUGGUACAAAAGUUAUCUGAGCUUUUUAUGCAAUUCUUCAGCAAAUAACAAAACAAAUGCUUUCUGCUGUCCAAUUAUCGCAAAUCCAUGCAAUGAAAUAGAGUAAUUAGGAGAUAACACAGCCAUUAAAGGAAUUUUGUUAACCACUAUUUUGCACGGCCAUCGAUGAAAGAAGUUUUUUUUUUAGGGUACAUACAGUGACUGCGACUCUUUAACAGAUAAAGCCUCCCUCGCAUAUCGUUUCUCGGCCAUCAAUGGAAAGUGUACAUUCUCAAAAUUGCAAGGUGCAGAUUCAAUCCGGACAGGACAGCUUGGACUGUAUUCUGUAGAGCAACUUCAGACCAAUCAGGAAUCACAUCUUUAGGUAAAGUUUUUGAGAUUUGAGAUGGGCAAAGAAAGAAUAGAACUGAAGAAAAUAGAGAAAACAGCUGCGAGGCAUGUCACUUUCUCGAAGCGGAGGAAGGGUUUGAUAAAAAAGGCAAAGGAACUUUCCAUUAUGUGCGACGCGGAUGUCGGGCUUAUCGUUUUUUCUGCAACGGGAAGGCUCUUCGAGUACUCCAGUUCCAGCAUGAAGAUGAUCUUGAAGAAGUAUUCUGAAAGCUUUACUGGAAUUUUGAAUAUUGAGCUUGAUAUUGAGGACUUCGGAAGGCUAAAACAAGACAUAGAAAACAACAACUAUACUUUAAGGCAUAUGGAUGGAGAGGACCUUCAAGGGCUAACCAUAAAAAAUUUGCAAAGCCUAGAACAAAUGUUGGAAGUUGGGUUGCAUAGAAUUCGAUCAACAAAGGUGAUUGUGGAAACUUCUAAGCAUUGUGGUCUACAAAUUCUUCCUAAAAUAUUGUUGUUCCAAAACAUUUCAGAUACAUUUUUGAGUAUUGUGAACCUUGGUUCUUGUAUUUAUGAUUUGUGAUAAGUUGGAAACUUCAUCACAGAUCUAUAGCUUAUUGUAUGAGCAUUUUUUAGGCAAUUUUGAAGGU